AUGUGCUUCUAUAACCAGAAACGUUUCGCGUGUGGCGACUUCGCUUGGACAAACUUUGCCCACCGUUGCAAUUACGAAUAUCGCACGGGGGAGACAUGCGGGAUUCGGCUUGUCAACAGCACGGAUGUCGACGCGAACAAAUGCCGUAUUUGUGAGAAGAUCGAGACCAAGUACCGCCGGCGAAGCGCCGAGGUAGAACGCCUGGAUCGGUGGAAACGGGAGGGAUCGACUUUAGUAGCCUCCAUGGACCGAUCACGAAAAAUGAUCUGGGAACUGGACCAAGAGAUCGUUCAGUUGCAGCGAGAGCGCGAAGACCGCCGCAACAAUAUUGGGCGAUAA